AUGAUUUCCCUUUCAGUGUACAUUUUUUCUUUUUUCGCCUUCGUCUCCUCGUUUAUACUUGCUACUAUUCCGAUCCUAGCUAUUCACAAUUUAUACAAAAAUUAUGCCAGGAAACGAAUUUUGGGUCUUCUGAAAAAGAGUCCAACUUCUAAAAUCGUGGCAUUUUUUCAUCCCUAUUGUGAUUCUGGUGGUGGUGGUGAACGAGUCCUCUGGACAGCGAUCCGAUGCAUGCUAAAAAAGAGUGACAUUGCGAUAGUGAUACUCACAGGCGAUCCAAAAUGUCUGAAAAACCCUGACAAAGUACUUUCCAAGGUGAAGGACACAUUUGGCCUGAGCUUUGAUGAAAAGAAGCACACAGUUCAUUUUCAGUCGAUUUGCCUUCAGUUUCUAUUAGAACCUAGUCUCUAUCCCGUAUUUACUCUUGCUGGACAGGCGUUAGGCUCUAUUGUUGUUGCUGUCGAAGCAUUUAUUCGUUGUCCAGUUGAUAUAUAUAUCGAUACUACGGGAUUUGCUUUCACUUUGCCAGUAUUUAGAUUGCUUAGUCUUAGAAGGAUUAUAACUGCUGCAUAUGUCCAUUACCCGACAGUCUCCAGCGCCAUGUUAAGUCGAUUAGAUCUAUCUGCUUCCGAACGAGACAUUGACUCACAGAUUACAUAUAAUAAUCCUAAAUGGGUUAGAACUAGCAAAAACUUUACUAGGAUUAAGCAGGUAUAUUAUCGCUUUCUUGUAAGCGCAUAUGGUUGGGCUGGAAAUCCUUCUAACUGCCAUUUAGUGCUUGCUAAUUCAUCAUGGACACGAAAUCACAUCAAAUCCUUGUGGGGUGGAAGUCCGUCUGUGCUCUUCCCUCCUUGUCCAACUGAAUUCUUCAGCGAUUACUCUGUUGUUGAUAAUGAAGAUGUUGGCAGGCACAAAUGGAUAGUUUCCAUAGGCCAGUUCAGGCCAGAAAAAAAUCAUGAACUUCAAUUGAAAUCAUUUGCUUUAUUCUUGGAGAAACUCGGCAUAUCCAAAUGCAAAGAUUCUCCAUACCGUUUGAUCCUUGUUGGAGGUUGCCGUUCCCUUCGUGACCACGCACGUGUCAAUCAUCUUCGCUAUAUCUCAAAUCAAAUGAAUUUAUCAGAAAUGGUUGAGUUUCGCAUUAAUCUACCUUACAUUGAGGUAGUUAAACUUUUUAAAAAGGCUACUGUAAAUUUGCAUACAAUGGUGGAGGAACACUUUGGAAUAGGUAUUGUGGAGGGAAUGGCUGCUGGCUUGAUCACAGUUGCCCACAACUCUGGAGGUCCUCGCUAUGAUAUUAUCGGUCCUACUUUUCAGCCUACAAAUGAUCCUGUUAAUGAUACUUCUACUGGUGAAAUUCCAGAACCAAAAUCCUUGGCUUAUCCAAAUUAUCUUUAUGCAUCUAAUUGCUCUUAUAUGUCUGGAACGGUGGGUUUUUUAGCCGGCUCCGCUGAAGAGUAUGCGAAUGUUUUUUCCCACAUUUUCACCAUUAUGAGGGAUUCUGAUCUGGAACUAAUGCGUUCCGCCGCCAAGCAUUGGACUCACUCUAGGUUCUCUGAGGCUUGCUUUGAGUCCGGCUGGCUUGAGGCUUUCGAUCCUAUUUUUACCUAG